CCUCUAUUUGCUCUCUGGCAAAUGCAGCACAUCUGUGUAACAGGGUGAGCAGCGUCACUAGUCUCUCAGGGGACAGAAGACUGCAAAAGCCAUGCUGUAGUGAGAUUGUUGCAAUCAUGAACUCCACUAACAUUCAGAAGGAGAAAGUGGCCAUUGUUGGAGGUGGUCUGGUGGGUGCUUUAAAUGUCUGUUUCUUUGCAAGAAGAGGGUUCCAAGUUGAUAUGUAUGAAGCCAGAGAAGAUAUCCGCGUCGCCAGAGCCGCUCGGGGCCGGAGCAUUAACUUGGCGCUGUCCCACCGAGGACGCCAGGCGCUCAAGGCCAUUGGGAUGGAAGAGCAGAUUGUGGCCAAAGGCAUCCCCAUGCGGGCCAGGAGGAUACACACGCCCUCAGGAAAAACAUAUUCCAUCCCCUAUGGAACAAAGAGCCAGUACAUUCUCUCUGUGGACAGAGCAAAUUUAAACAAAGAGCUGCUAACGGCUGCUGAGAAGGACCCCAAUGCUAAGUUGUACUUUGGACACAAGCUGCUCCACUGCCACGCUGAAUCAGGGCUAUUAACCUUACAAGGACCUGACCAAACACCCAUGGAAGUCACUUGUGACCUCCUAGUGGGAUGCGAUGGAGCCUUUUCUACAGUCAGAAAGCAGUUCAUGCGGCAAACAUGCUUUAACUACAGCCAUGUGUACAUUCCUCAUGGGUACAUGGAGUUGACCAUCCCACCUAAGGAUGGAGCUUUUGCCAUGGAAGAGAAUUACCUUCACAUCUGGCCCAGGAACACCUUCAUGAUGAUAGCACUGCCUAACCUGGAUAAGUCGUUCACGUGCACGCUCUUCAUGCCCUUCGAGGAUUUUGAACGGCUCACGACAGGCGAUCAAGUGCUGGAUUUCUUCCAAACCCACUUCCCAGAUUCAAUUCCCCUCAUAGGAGCGCAGGAGCUGCAGCGUGAUUACUUUUUGCUGCCACCCCAGGCCAUGAUCUCUGUGAAGUGCUCUUCAUACCACAUCGCCUCCCGGUGUGUGCUGAUGGGAGACGCCGCCCACGCCGUGGUACCCUUCUAUGGACAAGGCAUGAACGCUGGAUUUGAAGACUGCCUGGUCUUCGAUGAGUUAAUGGACCAGUUCCACAAUGAUCUCAGUGCCUGCCUGCCCGAGUUCUCCCGGCUGCGAGUGCCCGACGACCAUGCCAUUUCCGAUCUGGCCAUGUACAACUACAUCGAGAUGCGCGCACAUGUUAAUUCCAAGUGGUUCAUCUUCCGCAAGUACGUGGACAACUUUCUUCACUGGCUCAUGCCCUCCACCGUUAUCCCGUUAUACACAAUGGUCACGUUCACCAGAAUACGCUACCACGAGGCGCGGCGGCGCUGGGAAUGGCAGAACAAGGUGAUUAACAAAGGACUCUUCAUAAUUGGGGCAGCAGCAGCACUGGGUGGCAGCUACCCACUCAUAAAGUGGCUGUCCCCUAAGUCUGACUCCUGUGCAGAAAAGCUGUGGAGCUGGAUGCUUCAUCUCAAGAAAAUUGGAAGUGUCCCACCGGAAAGACAACUGGCAUAAAUGCCAGGGGAGCCGCUGAGGGGACACAUGGCAAAGGCCCAGGCUGUAAACUCGGAGAGGCGACUAGUGGGAGGGACACAAAGGGGGCACCAGCUAACGCGGACGCUGCCCGUGGUGCGGGACACGGGGGCUGCUCUCUCCCGGGCAGCCUCCGGC